UGGAUGUCACACUUCUUCUAACAGUGCACUCCGUUCUUGCAGACCAUUAUUUCUAAAGAAGUGAUAGCUUUCCCCGACAUAACAGUGAGCCUCCCCCUCUAGUGCAAGGACGUGUAACAAACAUUGUGAUAAGGGUCUUAUUCUAGUUGGACAGCUUUUAGUUUGUAUCAUCUUCACUGACAUAGCCUUGAUGCUGUCUGUAGGAAUAGUGCUGCAGUUGUGGGGGUUUUUUUUUUGUUUUUUGUUUUUGUUUGUUUUUUUUUUUUUAAUUAAAAGGUGCCCUUACAUGACAGUCCCUUCAGAAAAUUAUCUUAGCUAUAGAGUUUUUCCCCUGAUGAUGGAAGCCUGUGGACCAUUGCGCAUCUAGGACAUUGUCAUAGAUAAAGAGAGACGAGCGUGUGUUGGGUGCAGGCUGCCUGGGGCGGGCAGCUGGGACAUGAGGAAGAGCAUUGUGCUGUGCAAGGAAGAGCAGCUCAGGUGUGCAGUGCCCUGCUGUGGGACCAGGACCGGUCUUUUCACAGCUUGUGGGCCAGAAUGAAGGGGGGUAGGUGCCUGCUACACACCAGCCGGUAUUGAAGAGGAGGUGUGCAAAACCUUUAGAACAACUGGGAGAGCCUCUAAAAGCCAUUGGAAGAACCUGUAGGACCAAGCAGAAGAAAUUCCUUGUUUGUGGGCACUGCAGUCAGAUUCCAUCACUGUCUGGGAACCACAAAUUCUCAGAAGAAACCUGGAGAACAACCCAGAUCAGAGCGGUUUCUCAGCCACCCGUUCUUCUGCCCAAGGAACUUUUGGGGGUUUCAGGGAUGACGGGGACAGAGAGGAAAAGGAGUGCAGUAUGGGGGAAGAUCCAGGCUGUUCGCUGUGAAGAUAUCAAGGAGUGGUGCGUGAGGCGGCUGCCCAUCUUGGAGUGGGUGCCCGUCUAUGACUGGAAGGAAAAUCUGGUUCCUGAUGUGGUGUCUGGGAUGAUGCUGGCCAUCCAGCAGGUGACUCAAGGAUUGGCCUUUGCUGCUCUCUCUUCAGUCCAUCCAGUUUUUGGUUUAUAUGGUUCUUUCUUCCCUGUCAUUAUUUAUGCCAUAUUUGGAAUGGGACGUCAUGUUGCAACAGGAACUUUUGCUUUAACUUCCUUAAUAUCUGCCAAUGCAGUUGAACGUCUUGUUCCUUCCACUGGCACUAAUUUCACUGCAAAGAAUAAUUCAGGAGUCUUGGGCCUGUCAGAGUUUGAAAUGCAGAGGAUUGGAGUUGCAGCAGCAGUUUCAUUUCUGGGAGGAAUCAUUCAGGUAGCAAUGUUCAUGCUGCAGCUGGGCCAUGCCACCUUCUUGUUAACAGAACCAGUGAUCAGUGCAAUGACCACAGGAGCUGCGACACAUGUUGUGACUUCACAAGUGAAGUACCUGCUGGGAAUGAAAAUGCCAUACAUGUCAGGACCACUAGGAUUUUUUCAUAUUUAUGCCUACAUAUUCAAGAAUAUCAGAUUGGUUCAACUCGAGGCUUUACUUCUCUCGUUGCUGAGCAUUGUGGUGCUUGUUCUUGUUAAAGAAUUGAAUGAGAAAUUUCAGAGAAAUAUUAAAAUUGUUCUUCCUAUUGAUCUAGUUUUGAUAAUUGCUACAUCCAUUGCCUGCUGCUAUGCUGAUAUGGAAUACGUCUAUGGGCUAGAAGUCGUGGGGCAUAUUCCUCAAGGGCUGCCACGUCCAAAACUGCCACCCAUGAAUGUCCUACCUGAAGUAGUCACUGAAGCUUUUGGGGUAGCACUGGUUGGUUAUGUAGCAUCACUAGCUCUAGCCCAAAGCUCUGCUAAAAGAUUUAAGUACACUGUGGAUGAUAACCAGGAACUUUUGGCUCAUGGCCUCAGCAACGUCAUUCCUUCAUUUUUCUUUUGCAUACCAAGCGCAGCAGCAAUGGGGCGGACGGCACUGCUAUAUAGUACGGGAGCCAGAACACAGGUGGCUUGCCUUAUCUCUUGUGCUUUAGUUCUUGUGGUGAUCUACACAAUUGGAGCAAUGCUGUACUGGCUGCCCAUGUGUGUGCUAGCAAGCAUUAUUGUUGUGGGCUUGAAGGGGAUGCUAAUGCAGUUCCGUGACUUAAAAAAAUAUUGGAAUGUGGAUAAAAUAGACUGGAGCAUAUGGGUUACUACUUACAUGUUCACAAUCUGCUUUGCUGCUAACGUGGGAUUGUUGUAUGGUGUUGUCUGCACUAUAGCAAUUGUGAUUUUCCGCUUUCCCAGAUCAAAGACGCUGAAUUUGAAAAGUAUGAAAGAAGUGGAAUAUAAAUACAAAACUGAAGAUAAUUGUGAAUCAUUAAAACAGGUAAAGAUAGUUUCAAUCAGCAACCCCUUAGUCUUUCUGAACGCCAGAAAGUUUCAUGCGGACCUGAUGAAGAUAAUCCAGAAGGAUAGCACAAGCAGCCAGGCAUGUGAAGAUGUAAACAAGUGUGAGCAGAACACAUUACUCUGUUCAUUCUCCAAUGGAAGUUGUCAUGGUGAGUCGCUGCAGCCAUGUCAGAGUGAGCGACGCAUUUUGAUAUUGGACUGCAGUGGACUGAAUUUCUUUGACUACACUGGAGUCUCCAUGUUGCUUCAGAUUUACAUGGAUUGUAAAAAUAGACACAUUGAAGUGUUGCUCGCGUGCUGCAAAGCUUCCUUGAUUAAAGCAAUGCAGUAUGGUGGAAAUCUCGAAUCUGAAAACCCCAUCUUCUUUGAGUCUAUUUCUUCUGCAGUCAAUGCCAGUCAGAUUCACAGGAAAUACAGCAAGUUCAGUGAACAGAGUGAAGUGUGAUGCCAACCCAUCCAAUGUGGAUAGUUUCACCAGCUCAACUUCAGAAUGAACUACACCAUAGAUUCUCCUUAGCUUUUUUUUCCCCAGGAGAUAUCAUAGAUGUUAUUUUAUAUGCCAUAUAUCUUUAGUACGCUCAGUAAUGACAGAUCUGCUAUUCAGAUCAAAGAUCUUUCAGCUGCCAUCACUCAGAGAUUGUUCCUAUAGUUUUUCUACAGUGGUUUUUAUACUAUUUUUAUACACAUUUAGAGACAAAUUAUUAGAAAGCAGAUGUGGAGUACUGACUGUGUUUAACAGUGAGAUAUAUUCUUUUAGAUAUCUUCUAUUGUAAAAUUAGUUUUAAUAUGCAUCUGUAGCUUUGUGCAUGGAAUAACGAGACAUUAGGAAUUCUUAAAAGCACUGUGUUAUAAUCAAUACAUUAUAUUUGGGGAAACAAUAUACCAAAGCAUACUUUGUUUCUGAUGGUGUUAUUUACCUUUUCGUUGUUCAAGAUAGUCAUUUAUAAUAACAUCAGAACACAGCUAACAUAUCUUGCAUUUUCCAUACUUGGUUAUUGUAGGCUUUUUUAUGCCUGCCAAGGUCAGUGGGAGCACUAUGUAUUGAAAGAAGGCAGAUGUAUGUUGGUUGGAUUGUCUCUAGUAGAUGUCAUGAGUAAUUUUUUUUGCUAUAUUUUCAAUGCCACAGGUAUUCCUUAGCUUAGACUGAAGAGGAAAAUUUGGUAAUAUUUUUCCAAAACUUUUUCUUGUUUUCAGCACAGAGUAGUCUGCAUUUCUAGCUUGAGCUGUGAAUCAGUCAAUGCUGAAAUUUGAUUAUGUGAGAAGUAAGUUUUAUUCAUUAUCCAAAGUGCAUUCAUGUCAGAUGCUGCAGUUGAUUGCAAAUGACUUUGACAGGUUAUAACAGGCUAUAACAUUUGAUUAUUAAAUUCAUCAGACAAUCUUAGUAAUUUAUGAACACUUUAGACACUAUUUACAUUGUACUUUCAUUGUGGAAGAAUCAGUUGUAUGUCAUAGCUGAAUGGAGAACUCUCCAACCGCAAGCUGAGUAAAUGAAUAAAAGUUAUCUUUUCUAUUAAGUUCAGUAUUUAUUUUUUGAUAGCUAUAUGUGUUUUCUGAAAAUUUACAGAUAUGUUGGUUAAGAAAAUUGUUAAAACAUGGUUUUUAGAAAAGAUAACACCUACCCAUGAGACCUUCAGUUUUGUUCUGAAUAAUCUUGUUAAUGGAGUAAUAAAGGUGCUGUUAAAAUUAUUUGUAAUGGCAAUCCGUGAUUGUAAUGA